CGUCAUUUUUUCGGUUGUUUUCCUCGUGCAUUCUUUCUGUCAUUGUCAGUCGGCAUCUUGCCACAUGUAAGUUUCAUCAGAUUUCAAAAAUUGCUUUUUUGUGCUACAACUCUCUGAAAAACUCGGCAGCAAUCGAUCAAAAUGGUAUUAACGUGCAGAUUUUAUAAACAAAAAUAUCCGGAGGUGGAGGAUGUUGUGAUGGUGAAUGUCCGUUCCAUCGCCGAGAUGGGAGCAUACGUUUACCUCUUGGAGUACAACAACAUCGAGGGUAUGAUUCUGUUAUCUGAGCUGUCCCGCCGACGUAUUCGAUCGAUCAAUAAGUUAAUUCGAGUGGGUAAAACCGAACCGGUGGUGGUCAUUCGUGUGGACAAGUUCAAGGGAUACAUUGAUCUGUCCAAGCGACGAGUCUCUCCAGAAGAUGUGGAAAAGUGCACAGAACGAUUCGCGAAAGCUAAGGCGGUGAAUUCGCUGCUUCGACAUGUUGCCGAUAUGAUGAACUUUAACGACGAACAGCUGGAAGAGUUGUACGAAAAGACGGCAUGGCACUUCGAGGAGAAGUUCAAGAGUAAAGCUGCUGCCCAUGAUAUCUUCAAGCAGUGUGUAAUUGACCCAACUCUGUUGGACGAAUGCGGCUUAGACGAGGAAGUGAAGGAACUAUUGUUGAGCAAUAUCAAACGUAAAUUGACCUCGCAAGCGGUGAAAAUUCGGGCCGAUAUUGAAUGCGCUUGUUACGGCUACGAGGGAAUUGAUGCUGUCAAGACUGCUCUCCGGGCUGGCCUGGAUCUGUCGACCGAAGAAUUGCCAAUUAAAAUUAAUUUGAUCGCUCCUCCACUGUAUGUGAUGACAACAUCUACUCCGGAAAAAGCUGACGGCCUUAAAGCCCUCGAGGUAGCUAUCGAGAAGAUUCAGGAAACGAUAGAGAAACUCGGUGGCGUGUUCAAAGUGCAGAUGGCACCUAAAGUGGUUACCGCUACGGAUGAAGCCGAACUUGCACGGAAAAUGGAAAGAGCGGAGGCAGAAAACGCAGAAGUCGAUGGUGACGACGAGGAAGAUGAGGACGAGGAAGGUAUCACGUACAACCCGGAGGGUGAAGAGGACGAAGGAGAUGAUAAAGGCGAAAGCGCGGACGAUGAUAAAGAUAAAGAAGAGAAAAGCAUCGAUUAAAAGUAUAGUGACUACAAAACGAGGUUUCCAGUUUCAACAUCUGGAGGAGGAAGAAACGAAAAUUCCCUCUAUUCAAUACUUUAGUUGGGGCUUCAUAUAUUUCAAUAACAUUCAAUAUUUUCUUUCCUAGAUUGGUCGAUUUCUGAAACUAGAAGGAAAUAUUUCAUUCAGAUCUUGUAUAUUCAACCACUUGAAUAAUAACUAUUUGACAUGAAGAAACAUAAGAAAUGGUAUCCAA